UUUUCCGUGUGCUGACUUCUGAGCUUGUAUUUAUUUACUUUCUUAUACCUUCUUAAGUCUUUUACUGUUUACAUACUUCAGCCAUUGGCGAACUCCACAUUCAAUCGACAAUAUUUGUUCUUCCCACCCCUUCUUCGCCUUGCCAAGGUUUCCUUUUUCCAACAGCAGCAACAAUUUCAUUUCGGGCAUCAACAAACAAAUCCCAGCCCACCCAUUGCCCGGAUAGUAAAACCCCACCUACUCCAUCUCCACCUCGACCAUCACAAACCUUACCAUAUUCAAAAAACGGGCAAACAUCGUCUCUUCGCCCAGGAACCAUUAUUCAUCCCCUACUCAGAGUUGUAUUGAAAAAACGGCACAGGACCAAGCCGUCAUCAUGCAAAACAACGAUGAGGAGGCUCUCAGCUCCGUCUACAAAAAGAUCCAGCGCGAGCGUGUUCUUCUCAAUGCCGCAAAUCAAAUGAGGCAGCAAACUGAAAAUGAGCAAGUCAGAGCUAGGCUAGAUAUUCAAAUGCGCGAUGGUCGUCGAAACAUUUCAUACUUGGAGGAGCGCAUGAAAGAAUUACAAGUGCGGACGGAAGGUCGAACAGGUAGUGCGGGGAGUAGUGGCGGUACUGGUCGCCCGCCCAGUAGCGGUCUACGUGAUGAUGGAGCUAAUCCGCCGCCAACUCCGCCGCCCAAGGAUGCCAGAGGAAAUCCUAUCGAAACUGGGGAUCAGGCCGGCUAUGGCACUCAGGAAUAUAGUCAGAUUGGUGGACAUGGUGAUAUGAUGCCACCGAGAAAUCCUUUCGCACCUCCUGCACCUGGCUCUGGCAUGCCUAGAUCACGUCCUAAUUAUACCAAGCUUGGUAUGUCAAUUCGACAUCCUCUAUCUUUCUGAGCAAUAGCUAAUCGAGCCCUUUAGAUCUCAUCAAAUAUGAUACCCCUUAUCUCGGGCCCCGCAUCCAGCUCAUGCUUUCACAAUUGGAAUUUAAGCUUAAUGUUGAGAAACAAUAUUUAUUGGGUAUUGAGAAGAUGGUUACAUUAUAUCACAUGGAGCGCGAUCGGAAGAGUAAAGCUGAUGCUGCUGCUCGUCGAGUCGAGAGUAAUCAAAAGAUUCAAAUCCUCAAACAGGCUUUGAAGGGUUAUGAAGAUUUACAUAUAGACAUGGAGAGCUCAGCAGAUGCUCCGGAUGGUAGGAUCCAAUUGUAUCUCCAGGCUGACUUCAGAAGCUAACAAAGACCUUUCAGAUGAUAGUAUCAAUACUCCUAAUAUGCGAAAACCUUUAACGGGUCAACUUGUUCUCCGCAUUCAAGCAGUUAAGGAUGUUGAUCAUGCAACAACUAGUAGAUUUACAAGAGGUCCGGAAACAUCGAUUGCCGUCAAGGUGGAAGAUAAUGUUGUUGCAAGAACGAGAGUUACCCGGACGGAUAAAUGGGAGAAUGAAAUUCAUAACAUCUAUGUGGACAAAGCGAACGAGAUCGAACUUACGGUUUACGACAAGGCAGGUGAUCAAGCAUUGCCUAUUGGUCUACUAUGGAUAAGAAUAUCCGACAUCGUUGAAGAAAUGAGACGGAAGAGAAUCGAAGCCGAGAUCAAUAACUCAGGAUGGGUUUCUGCAGACCGCAUGGCUAGUGGUAGCGCCCCACCAGCACAAUUUCCAAUGACCUCUGGCAGCACAGGUCAAUUCGGGCCACCUCCAGGGAGCCCAGGUACUGGGGCACAACCAGCUGGAGGAAACGAAUUUGGCGGUGGUGGAAAUGCAGUGGUAGCACCACAACCUAUCGAUGCAUGGUUUGCUCUUGAGCCUAGCGGCGCCGUGAAUUUGAACAUUUCAUUCACCAAACAGUCCAAAGAUCGAAGACCAUUUGACCUUGCCCUUGGUCGAAAAGGUGCCAUCCGUCAAAGAAAGGAAGAGGUCCACGAGAUGUACGGACACAAAUUCAUUUCACAGCAAUUCUACAACAUCAUGCGAUGCGCACUGUGCGGCGACUUUCUCACAUAUACUGCUGGUAUGCAAUGCGAGGACUGCAAAUAUACCUGUCAUACAAAGUGUUUCUCACAAGUUGUUACCAAAUGUAUCAGCAAAUCUAAUGCGGAAACUGAUCCCGACGAGGAGAAGAUCAAUCAUCGUAUUCCGCAUCGUUUCGAGAAGUUCAACAAUAUGAGCGCCAAUUGGUGUUGUCAUUGUGGAUAUGUUCUACCAUUCGGCAAGAAAAAUUGUCGUAAAUGCACAGGUAAGUACUUUUUCACCAAGUUGAACUUAUGUUUAGCUAACAACUGUAGAAUGUAACCUUACAUGUCAUGCACACUGUGUACAUCUCGUUCCGGAUUUCUGUGGUAUGUCUGCGCAAGUCGCGAGGGCUAUUCUUGACGGUAUCAGAAAUCAAAAGCGCCGACAAACAACACCUGUCGGUACAACUGGGAAAGCUUCAAGAGAGAAAAGACCAGAAGCGGGAGGCAGAUCACCUGAUACUUCACGACCUCCUAGGGCACCCUCAUAUGUAGCGCCUAGCUCUAAUGAAGCUACCGAAGCCGCCAAAGCAAUGUAUAAACAGAGUACUACCUCACCACAACAACAACGACCAGCGGGACCUGAUCGAACAUCUAUGUCAUCAUCAAGUGCUGCUGCUGCCGCUGCUGCGGCCGCUGCUGCUGCGAUGGGCGGUCGGCAACAAAUACCCCAUGGAAACCAAUAUCAACAAACUUCUAGUACCGAAUACACUCCACAAAGUGGAGCUCGACGAGGCUCGGGUGUGCAAGGCCUUGAUACGUACAACGAAGAUAGUACUCCAAAACCACAAAUGCCCACACAAUCAAGUUAUAAUCCCGCUGAAUAUGCAAAAUUCAAUAGUGGUUAUGUUCAGCCGGUUCCACAACUUCAACCUUCAAUGCUCCCGGCUCCUCCACCAUCCGCAACAAUGUUUGCACCCCCUUCACAAGCUCCGCCUCCAGAGAUUCCAUUACCUGCACAAACAGGUUUACAGCAAGUUGUACCUCCUCAACAACGCAAGCCAGCUCCCGCGGCAAACGAACCAGGUCCUGGACGUCGUAUUGGUCUGGAUCAUUUCAACUUUCUUGCAGUUCUUGGUAAAGGUAAUUUUGGUAAGGUCAUGCUCGCUGAGACCAAGCAAACUAAGCAACUUUAUGCUAUCAAGGUUUUAAAGAAGGAGUUCAUCAUUGAGAACGACGAAGUAGAAAGUACUAGAUCUGAGAAGAGAGUAUUCUUGAUCGCCAAUAAGGAACGUCAUCCUUUCUUGUUGAGCCUUCAUGCUUGUUUUCAAACAGAAACAAGAGUAUACUUUGUUAUGGAGUAUAUUAGUGGUGGUGAUCUUAUGUUGCAUAUUCAACGAGGACAGUUCGGAACUAAGCGUGCCCAGUAAGUCAUUCUUUGUCUCUUCUGUUAACAGCUUUCAUUGACAAAUUUAGGUUUUAUGCUGCUGAGGUGUGCUUGGCGUUGAAAUAUUUCCACGAGAAUGGUGUCAUUUAUCGUGAUUUGAAGUUGGACAAUAUUCUAUUGACUCUCGAUGGCCAUAUCAAGAUUGCCGAUUAUGGUCUGUGUAAGGAAGAUAUGUGGUAUGGUUCGACAACGGGCACUUUCUGUGGUACUCCGGAAUUCAUGGCUCCAGAGGUAAGUUUAAGAUGAUUGACAUCCUAACAUAGCUAAUUUUGAAUUAGAUUCUGUUAGAUAAAAAAUACGGUCGAGCAGUCGAUUGGUGGGCGUUCGGUGUCCUCAUCUACCAAAUGCUUCUCCAACAAUCGCCUUUCAGAGGAGAGGACGAAGAUGAGAUUUAUGAUGCGAUUCUUGCAGAUGAACCUUUAUACCCAAUUCACAUGCCUCGUGAUUCUGUGUCAAUACUACAAAAGUUAUUGACACGUGAACCUGAACAACGAUUGGGAAGUGGACCUACCGAUGCACAAGAAAUCAUGAGUCAGCCAUUCUUCAGAAGUAUCAACUGGGACGAUGUUUAUCAUAAGAGAAUCGCGCCACCUUUCCAACCUACUAUCACCAACGCCACAGAUACUAGCAAUUUCGAUUCUGAGUUCACCAGUGUCACACCUGUCUUGACACCUGUGCAGUCUGGUAUGUUGUCUUCACAUUUAUUUGACAAAUUCCUAGCUAAUAACAUCUACAGUUUUAUCACAAGCUAUGCAAGAAGAGUUCCGUGGUUUCUCUUACUCUGCUGAUUUUGUUUGAGCGGGUCAAAUAUCUUGAUAAUCGAUUAUCUCCUCGCCAUGAAGACAUACUCAUGAUAUCACGUAUCUGGGGAUGGGCUUGGACUUCCUUUAAACAAAAUCAAAUCAUAUUUAAGACCUACAUUAAGAUAACUAUUGCAGAUAGAGUAAGCACGUGUUAGCGUAUGAGAUUAGAGGGAAAAGGAGAAGGGGAGAGAUGGAAGGUGAUUGAUUGGGUGGAUAGAUAAAUAUGAUGAGUGGAUGAAUAAUGAAUGGUGUGGGUCUGGAUGUGGAUGCCGGUGGAUAAUGAACCAUUGAUAAUGAUGGAUGGAAUG